UUGAACUCAGCUCGAAUAUUUCGAGUUAGGACCCAAUUGGGCCAUUUCCAUUUCGUCUCUAUUGCAGUUUGUAAAAUUCAUGAGCCUUUUCUUUGUCAUCUUCACUUAGCCCAAGACCAAUACGCACUCAUCGUCUGCUCAGGUUGGCUGCCUCUCGUCUCUCGUCUCUCGUCUCUAGCAACUCUCAUCACCAACAUAUAUAUACAGUAUACACAGGCCACGCUCAGUUACGCGGACGGUGGGAAGCGAAGAAUCCACAUCGAGGAUGAUCUCGAUGACGUGAUUGACGACGAGGAGGACGAGGCCUGGAAACAGUGGGGCAAGAAAUCAACGCCGUCUUCCGAUGAGUUUGAUCCACCGCCUUCCGAUUUGCCCAACAUGGAAAUGUCGCAGAUCCAGGAGUUGAUGAGGAAGCAGCAUUUCGGGCCGGUUUUUGGGUUCGUUAAGCUUCAAUUGGGUGUGCGCCGGACUCCGGAUAUGGUGGCUGAGCAUGCAAUGAAAUGGACAAAAGUUCUAAGAACUGCAGCAAUUGAGGUGAAGUUCAUGGGUGUUGAUACGAGCACAAUUAUGUUCACCCUGGAAAAAGGCGAAAACAUGGUUGAGGUGAGUCCGUUGACGGAGUUCAUCUUAAACGAACCAGAGGCUUAUGAGAUCAAGAUUGGGGAUCAAGUCUUCCGUAGACCUGGAGAUCCUCCCUUGGAGGAAGUUAUUGAGAAGCUUCAAUGUAACGACAAGACAACUGAUACUGUUGAGCAUCUGAAAGAAGAAUUAUAGUUUACCGGAUCUACAUUACAUGCAACUUUGACCCAUUAAUCUUAACAUUAGUUCAUUGUACAUUUAACUUUGUAGUCUCUAAUUGUAGCACUUUACCCUCAACCCUCCACUAAUUAGUUCUCCUUCAUUUUCUUUUCCAAUCACAUUUAACUCCUAA